AUGGAGGUGGCAUGGGCUGUGGAUUCCCAUUUUGUAGGAGAUGAUAUUGGAAAUGGUUGUCUGAUCGCACCAACUCUGUCCAUUGGUUCUUUACUCCUUCAGCAAGCUGCCAUUACAGCUUCCUUCCAUUACAACAAUGUCGAAAUUGUUGAAUCAAGGGCAAAUCCAACAGAUUUUCCAUCAUUGGAUGCUAUUCAAAUUUCAAAGAACCUCUCUAACAUGGGUCAAAUUUAUGAAGAUAUCGUGGCAAGAGGUCAAGUUCUAGGAGAAGAUGGGGGUAGGGUAUACAGCAUGGUCCUGCCAGGGCUUCCCUAUAGUACAGCCAUUUACUUCUCUGGCCCAGGAGUGGUUUACUCUAGUAAACACGAUAUCACUGAUGUGAAGUGCCUCAAGCCUGGCCUCAUCCUAGCUAUUAGAAAGGGCAUCCGACUGAAGAAUCUAGUGUAUGGCUUGGAGAAACUCUUGUACAGCCAACAUCUUUCCCUGGCUUCUGCACCCUCCUUUGGCAUAGCUUACAGAUUAGAUAAAGAAACAUGUCAUCAUGUGGGAAACAUGCCUAUUUCACUUUGCUAUCGACAAUAA